CUCUGGAGUCGCAGGUUGGUGUGUGUGUGUGUGUGUUUGUGUGUGUGUGUUGAAGUCUGUGUGCACGUCUGUGUUUGAUUAACUAACCAUUCCUUGUCUGCGUGACAGACCCCGCCAAUGCACUUGUGCGUAAUGUAAACCGACCUCGUGAGCGUAGCGUGCGUGCGUGCGGGAGCCUUCUGGAAACAGGAUCACGCAGCUCCUGCGGGAACUGAAGCCGAUAUAUAUCACUCUCUUUAAAGCAACCAGACUUCAUCGACAAAGAUGGAACACGGAAGUUACUUGGAGCUGCUUUCGAUUGGUUAGUUUGUGAGAUAUGCAGGAGAGAACAAGUGCAGCGUCAUGGGCGAGUGGAAGCCGUUCUUCCAAGAGUUAUGCAGAUGGGUCCCAGUACAUGGCAUCACAUGACAGCAUCUCACCUCCGUACGCCAUCUCCAGCCGGCUCACAGGUAAAAACGAGAGGAGCUCGUACUCGUACGGCAGAGAGUCCAACCCGCACUGCCACCAGUCGAGUGGCGAGAUGGGUCUUGGGAGUCCCGGCGCAGCAUCGCCCACCAAGCCGGCCGGCCAGUACUACCAGCACUACGGCUCCAACCCGCGGAGGAGAACGCUGCCUAUGGACGCCAUGGAGGUUCAUCCAAAGAAAGUGCGGAAGGUCCCUCCCGGCUUGCCGUCCUCAGUGUACGCUCCGUCUGCCAGUACAGCGGACUACAACAGGGACUCACCGGGCUACCCCUCCUCCAAACCUCCCGGCGCUGGCUUCCCAAGCUCGUUCUUCAUGCCAGACGGUCACCACAGCGGCGACCCCUGGAGCAGCAGUAGCAGCAGUAUGAGCCAGCAGGGUUACCACGGCAGCAUGCUGGGGGGCGGGAACUCGUCCCACGGCCCCACCCAGAGCUCCUCCUACUGCGGGAUUCACCCUCACGACAGAUUGAGCUACCCGUCGCACUCGUCUGCAGACAUCAACUCCAGCCUCCCCCCCAUGUCCAGCUUCCACCGAGCGGCGGGGGGAGGAGGGGAAGGGAGCGGCGGAGGGGGAAACCACUACAGCACCGCCUCGUGCACCGCUUCCACCAACGGCACAGAAAGCAUCAUGGCUAACAGAGCGCCGAGUGCAGCAGCCAGCAGCUCUCAGACAGGGGAUGCCUUAGGGAAAGCACUCGCAUCCAUCUACUCUCCGGACCACACAAACAACAGCUACUCGUCAAAUCCCUCCACGCCAGUCGGCUCCCCGCCCUCCCUUACAGCUGCCAGUUCAGCCGCCUGGUCGAGGAACGGCGGACAGGGAGCAUCGUCGCCAAACUACGAGGCUCCGUUGCACUCUCUGCAAAGUCGCAUCGAGGACCGUCUGGAGCGUUUGGACGAUGCCAUCCACGUGCUGCGGAGCCACGCGGUGGGACCGUCGACAGGUAUGCCCAGCGGGCACGGGGACAUGCACAACCUCAUCGGGGCCGCGCACACGCACAACGGCGCCAUGGGCGCUCUGAGCAGCGGGUACGGUUCGGGACUGCUGUCGGCCAACAGACACGCCCUCAUGGCGGGUUCUCACAGAGACGACGGUAGCGGCGUGGGCGCUCUGCGCGGCGGACACUCGAUGGCGGGUCAAGGGCCGGGGCCUCAGCUGCCAGUCCAGUCGGCCACGUCGCCGGACCUCAACCAGCCCGACCAGUACCGUGCGCUGUCUGGAGGCCUUCAGGGCCAGAGCGCCUCCUCCAUCAGCUCGGAGAUCAAGUCGGAGGACGAGGGGGACGAAAACCUCCUGCAGGACCCAAAGUCCCUGGACAACAAGAAGGACGACGGUGACAGCAAGGACCUUAAAUCAAUUGACAGCAACAACGACGACGAGGACCUGUCUCCGGAGCAGAAGAUGGAGAGAGAGAGGGAACGGCGGAUGGCGAACAACGCGCGGGAGCGUCUUCGGGUCCGAGACAUCAACGAGGCGUUCAAGGAGCUCGGCAAGAUGGUGCAGCUGCACCUGAAGAGCGACAAACCUCAGACCAAGUUACUGAUCCUGCACCAGGCCGUGGCCGUCAUCCUCAGUCUGGAGCAGCAAGUCCGAGAGCGGAACCUGAACCCCAAGGCGGCCUGUCUGAAGCGGCGCGAGGAGGAGAAGGUCUCCGUGUCAUCGGACGGGGGUCCCCUCUCACUGGCCGCCGCGCACCACGCCAUGGGCGAUGUGUCGAACCCCCUGGGACAAAUGUCCAAGGUGCCAGAAUUCAUCAAGAUGAUGAGCGACCACUUCCUCUGACAGCGUUUCCAUGACAACCCGGCAAUCGAUUGCCCCCCCACCCCGCCUCCGAUCUCUGGAUCUUCGGCCUGACCGAUCAGAUCGUCUCUCUCUCUCUCUCUCUCUCUCUCUCUCUCAUCUUGUCUGUCUCUUAUCCUCCUCCUCACCUUCGUCUCCUUCUUCUUCUGAGAACACGAACUGCAGAGUUACAUCAGUCGCUGUCGUCACUGUGCAUCUCCGGCCAAAGUGAACUAACUGGAUGCUGCUUUGUGGAGACGUUAAACGGCCGCUGUCACACGGCCGCUACAAAGUGGCGGUCCGUGGGAGCUUUUGACACAAAGUUACAUCAAUGGACAAGUCUUUGGAAUCACAUCAUCCAAGAAAUUCUUCUUCUUGUUUUAUCAUCAUUCCCAGUUUUAAAGAACAAAGGGGUUCUCUCUAUAUAUAUAUAUAUAUAUAUAUAUAUAUAUAUAUAUAUAUAUAUAUAUAUAUAUAUGAGAAAAACAAACAUGACAAAAAAACUUGUUAAAAAAGUGCAACAGGACGCGGGGCAGUGAGGAGGGUACGGGUUGUGGAGGGUUGUUCAGAACGGAGCAAAACAUAUCACAAAGUGUUUUAAAGAGUUGUUUUCUUUGUGUGUUUUUUUUAAGCAAGAUUGCGCAGCUGUCGUUGAAUGCAGCUUCAGCGCGUCUCUGACUGAAUGGCAAUCUAACGCCACACUGUGGAUGAAGCUGUGCCUGAUCUCCUCUUGGAUGCAAACCAGUCAGAUAAGAUACACACGGAGAAGCAAAGCAAACGAAAAAAGAACAGAAAAACAGGAAAUGUUCCAAGAAGUAUCGCUAAAAGCAAGCUGCCCACUCAUACGUCCCCUAACAAGCCUUUCCACAGAUCAAAGUACAAAUGUGAAAGUCAGAAGGUAGUCGGUGCCGAGUCAUUUGAACAAACCAAUUAAGUUUGCAAACGCUUUUUGACUAUCAUGCCUCAAGAGAAACGGGGCUCAACAGGAAACAACGGGGGCAACUUGUUCUUCCCCUUGCAUUCCCUCUUACAGUAGAUUGUCAGUGUGAAGAAAAAUCUCAAUCUCUUUGUGUAUUUUUAUUUGUGUUUUAUGCCAAUGGCCACGUUGACUUUGUUAGCAAGUGGCAAAAUUGUACGAACUGCUACAUUUUUAGUGUGAUCACAAAUACAAAAAGAUGGAUGGUUGGCCCAUGUGUAUCUACUGGGAGGAAGACAAUACUCCAUCAAUCACUGAAUCAGUUAAUCAAUCAAUCAGUAAAUCAGUAAAUGACUCCAGAGGGACCGAGGUGUUUCAGUUAUUGAAGCUAGAAUUACAGACGUAAAAAAACAUGAAGGAAAAAUCAUGCAGUAAUGAAAAAGUGUACUUUUAAAUGCAGCCAGAAGGAAAGACUUUUCUUGACACCUUCAUUCAAGAGUGUUGUGGGUUUUGUUGUGCAAAUGCAAACAUGACGACAGAAAGAAAGAGCUCGGGCAAAGAUCCCGACCAGGAGUCCUUUGUCAGAUAUUCGUGCCCACAGGUCGGAGCACCCAGGAGUUCUAAACCUUUGCUGUAAACCAAGGCUUGAUGGGAGGACGGACAGAUGACACACACGGGGUGGCUGGCUGAGAGGGUGGAGGGAGCACUGAUGUGAAUUCUAUUCCAUGUUUAAGCACAUUCCCUGAAUUACGAUCACUUGAAUCGAGUGGUCCGGAUGUCCCCGGAGGCCAGAACUAUGACAGUUUUCGGAGUAGAGGCUAGAGAUAGAGGCAGAGCAGGAAGAAGCUAUUGGUCUACAUGACGGCACUGCUGCAGGGAAAGCAAUGGAGGAAUCAUCUUGGCGAGGAGUGUAUUCUUUUCUUCUGGGGGCCAAGCAGCAGUAGUCAAAGCAUUCAUUUGGCUCCCUCAUUUCCUGGUUUAGUAUCUGGUAGAUCAAAAACCCUUAACAUCUAACCUCAACUCUGGACGACCCCGCCCCGAGUAAAGACCAAGGGGGACUUUCUGAUUGACAUUUGCUGUCUUGCAAAAUAACAGACAAGCUGAUGGUAGCUGAGGUGUCUGUUGCUGAGACCAUUAGCUGCCAUGAGUCUGGCAUGUCUGACCAAGGGUUCAGACAUUCUGAUUACCUUGGUAUGCUCAAUGUACAUGUCAAUUAGAAACAUAGGCAUAUUUGAAUCAAAUGAGACCAGAUCCGUACUGACCCAGAGUGACUUGGGAGUGAUGUAGGAUCAGGGUAAAACGGGACUGUGGCAGUGGCAAAGGUCAUGACUGUGACCUGGAAUAGAUUAAUCCAGACCAGAGAGGUCAGGAAGGAAACGUUAGGGUUUAUUGCGUAGCUAUGCAUCCCGGUCUACUCUUCAACAACAGGGGAAGGUAAUUGGAAUAUCUUGUUUUCUGAUCAAUCUGAAAGUCCCCUUUUACCAUCGCCCCUUUUGGAGCCUUCCUCAAUCUAGGGCUUUGUUUAAUACCCAGUCCUAGUUCUGUUUUCUCUGCUGUACCUAGCCUUAUGAUCCCUAAACCAGAACCCAAGCCCCUCUUCCCAGACUUGUGUCCCACCUAAGCGGUCCCACAGAUGCAAUUUGAACAUUCACACUUCUACCAAUGUGCCUUUUUAGAGUUCAUAUCAUUCGAGUUGCCAGAGGAGGACAUUAACCUGGUCUUUUAAUAGGAUGCAAGCUUAGGGAAACCUGUUCUUAGUCGUUAGGUUCUAUGCAGUUAGGUUUUUUACCAGACCUGGGAAUUUAAAAAAAGCUAAAAAGGAGAAAAAAAAAGUAUUUUUUGGAUAAAAAACAACAACAACUAAACUGUAUUUAAUGUACUGUACGCUUAUAUGUAAGUAGACGGCGUGAUCUGGCUUUGAGCCAAUAAGACAGACGCUUGAUUUAGCAAGAUGAGCCCCCAUCCCCGUUCCUCUCCUCCCCCUCAAGUUCUCCAUAACCCCUAAACCCUUCUUGUUCCAAGACCCAGCCCUGUUUCCAUGAUGAACAAUGCGUCUCUUCUUGUAUUAUAGCUUAUCAGCUUUUUAUCAAUAUUUGAUCGGCUUGUCCGUAAGCCAAUGUAGUCUUCAGUACAAAGUGUGUGGUCGUAUGUUGUAAAACAGAUUUUCUUUUUCUCUCUCUCUCUCUCUCUCUCUCUCUCUCUCUCUCUCUCUCUCUCUCUCUCGCUUUUUUAAGACUCUUUUCUCUUAUUACUUUUUCUUUGUCUGUUCUGGUUUACAUGUAUAUUAUAAAAAAUGUAAAAAAAAGAAAAAAAAAGAAAACACACAAUUCGCGGUUUGACAGCAUUGUUCUCUGUCGAUGGUCAUUUUGACAUUGUUCAAAUCCUACCCAAUCAACAGGAAGGCACGGAAACUGGAAAAGAGUCUAUUUGAGUGAAUCAAUCUAUAUAUAAAUGUACAAAAAAAGUAUAUACAAUAUAUAAGGAGGGUGCCCUUUUCUGUUAUUUUUUUAUUUUCUGUUGCAAGGGGGCGUUUGCUUGGGGAGGAAUUAUUUUCUCAAGGACUGAACAGGCAGAAGUUGGCGAGGCCCCUCAGUGUUCAACAUUUUCAGCGGACUUUGUUGUGUUGUCGGUUGAUGCCAUGACAACACACACACUGAAUAGUACGGCACCCUGCGCAGGACAAAACGGGACCGCAGUUCCAUCAGCUCCACUCACUGCUUUCUAUCCAAGGCAACAACACACAGACGUUUGUAAAUUGUAUGCAACAAAAUGGCAAACUUUACCAUUAUUUUGAAAUUGUGUAUGUAAAAGUUAUAUUUUUACAUGUAGACUGUUGUUAUUUUGUGUUUUAGAAAAUAUGUUGUAUCGGUUGUUUUGUUCAAAUAUGAAAACGUAAACAAUUCAGUGUGUGUUGAAAAAAUGUGUCACAUUGAAAAUGUAGUGAGGUCAAAGGUUCAGAAUAUUAUUUUGUAUUAUUUUUCAAACAUUAUGUUUAUAUCUGUGGGAAACAUUUUAGAGGGAUUGUGGGAUGAAUCAGAAAUCAUAAAAGAUAAAUGAUAUUGGUUUAAUUCUCCAUGCCUCAUGACAUUACCAUUUUUAAAUGUAUUUUUUGCAGAGAAAAGUGUAAAUAGUCAUAAAACAUUUGCUGUGGGGUGUGUCAGGCAGUGAUGAUGAACUUGUUUAUAUUUCUAGUGAGGUGGUCUUGGUCCGGUUACAGAGUUCCAGUCCGUGGUGCUCAGUACUGUGUGUGGUUCUGGUCGACCCUCUGAAGUCAAAUCAACUUAUUCUCUUAGCGAACACCAACAAUCACUCGCGUCAGAGCCGGACAGGCACCUAAUUGUCACAUGUAAAGAUGUAUUUUGAUUGACAAGGAGGAACAAAAAAAAACAAAAGCAAAUACUUGUUCCAUUUAAAUUUCAUUAAUAAAAACAAAGGAUAUCAGAACUCAAAAGUA